UAGACUAGAAAACAAAGAAAAUGACCUAAGAAAGGGAUGCCAUUUAAUUUUGUGAUACAGUUCUUCUUUGGUCUAUACAAUUAACCUCAUGAAUAUAGCAUCUUUACAAUUUCAAUUCCAAAAUGAGCCUGCUGCUCAUCAGAAAAAACCUCUCAUCAGUUUUCUUAUUGAUAUUGAUCAUCAUCACCCUCUACUUUGCAACCAUUCAUGCAACACAUUUCGACGUCCGAAACCAAUGCCACUUCACCGUCUGGGCAGCCUCCAAUCCCGGCGGCGGGAAGCAGCUUCUUCCAGGCCAAACUUGGUCCUUCGAUGUGAACACGGUCACUUACCCUGCCCGUAUUUGGGGACGGACCGAGUGCAGCUUCGAUGAAGCUGGACGGGGAAAAUGCCUAAUAUGUGAUUGUGGAGGUCUCCUCAAAUGCCAAGAAUCUGGUCAACCCCCAUGCACCAUGGCUGAAUAUCGCCCAACUUUGAACAUAGAUUAUUUGGAUAUUUCUCUGGUUGAUGGGUUUAAUCUUCCUAUGGAGUUUAGUCCCACGGGUGGUGCGUGCGCUAAGGGGAUUCGAUGUGCGGCUGAUAUAAAUAGGGAGUGCCCCCUUGAGUGGAGGGUAUCCGGUGCGUGCAAAAACGCCUGCUUCUUCAAUAAUGCUUAUGAUUUUGGCAGAUGUAACGGCCCUACCAGCUACUCCAGGUUUUUUAAGGCUCGGUGCCCUGAUGCUUAUUCUUACCCUUACGAUGACGAAACCGCCUUCUUUUCAUGCCCAGGUGGGACUAACUAUAGAGUUGUCUUCUGCCCAUGAUUUAUUGAAUUAACGACGGACAUGGCCGGUACUGAGUUUUCAAAGGCAUGAGACUUUACUGUCUGUGAAGCACACAUCCCUCCAUAAAAGUUCGACCUUAUUAUGGUUUUCUUAAUCCUAACUUUCACUUAAUUUGUGUUUUUUAUGCAAUAAAUUUUAUAUUUAUUUGUGUAAAUGUAUUGAUUUGCUAUGAAUAUAGCAUUUAAACCUUAUUUUUUCCAACAAUGAAGUGACAAUGUUGGCCUCAAAUCCCUUCGCAAUUAAAGAUGAAACUUGAGAAAAAUCGACCCACCACAAAUAGAGGGUAGAAAUAUUGCAUGUAAUUGCGUGUGGAAAAAUAUGCCAAAAUAUCUUGUCUCCUUGCGAAUAUAGUGGAGGACUUUUUAUUUUUAUUUUUUUA